CCAAAAAGAAAACAUUUUGUAGCUCGUUGACAGGAGGCGGUUUCCUCCGCGAGGUAUAAAGUAACACGCAGGCCCGCGAGUAAUCCCGGUGUCUCGUUUACUUCGCUCGCAUUCUUGCAGCAGCUGCAGCCAUGGAUGAUGAUGACCAGAAAAUGCAGAUCAUGCGCAAAGCCUUCCAGAUGUUUGACACGACGAAGUGCGGGUUCAUAGAGACGCUAAAGAUCAGCACCAUCUUGAACACAAUGGGGCAGUUAUUUGAAGAAGCUGAACUGCAGACCCUCAUCGAGGAGACUGACCCUGAAGGUUCGGGAAAAGUAAAUUUCGACGGUUUCUGUCGGAUCGCUGCUCACUUCCUGGAGGAAGAGGACACGGAGGCCAUGCAGGAGGAAUUGAAGGAGGCGUUCCGUCUCUACGACAGGGAAGGAAAUGGUUUCAUCAGCACGCAAACCCUAAGGGAAAUUUUGGCAGCCCUGGACGACAAACUCGGGCCGGACGACCUGGACGGGAUCAUCGCCGAGAUUGACACCGACGGCUCUGGGACCGUGGACUUUGAUGAGUUCAUGGAGAUGAUGACAGGAGAAUGAAGUAGUCCGCCAUCUUGUCACGUUACUUCAAUUCGCUGUUUUAGAAGGCUCUGGAGACGUUAUCACAGGACCACAGUCAAUUUCCACAAUUGCAAACUUUCUUUUAAUAUUUUUGAGAAACAUUGUUCACUCUGCCUUCUUAUUCUUCUUCUUAUUCACUCAAAUAACAUACGUAAACUGCGGUCGAAGCGACAUCUGUCAACACAUUGCAUGGAACUACUGCAGAGAAUGCAAAUGGAAAACCGUACGCUUAAAAAUAAUUUUAAGUGUGUGUAUAUUACAUGCACAAAUAAAAAAAUAUAGUUAAAUAUG